AUGGGUCGACGAGGUCAUAAGAAGCAAAAAGCAUUUCGACGUGCUAAAGUCGAUGCCAUUCGUAAAGCUCGUACCGAGAAGCAACAAGGUCAAGAUGGACAAACACCCGUCGACGGAGACGACACAGUAUCCAAUGAUCGACCACGCACGAAUCAAUACGAAGAUAUCGUGAAAGAAAAUGCAUUGCUAGAAAAAUACUACAAAACAAUGAAUCUGGUGCCUGAUGAUGAAUGGGACGCAUUCUUAGCAGCAUUGAAAGAACCAUUACCAGUAACAUUUCGUGUAACCGGUUUUCGUUCGCAUGCUUUUGCUGUCAUGCAUCUAAUUCGAGAACGAUACUUUCAAGCAUUGGAGUCGUCGACAGCGAUCGAGAAACCGAAGGAACUCGUUUGGUAUCCAGGUGGUCUUGCUUGGCAAUUGAAUCUUAGCCGAAAUCAAUUACGUAGUUUUCCAGAAUUACAGAGACUCAAAGAAUUUCUAUACGAACAAACUGAACAUGGAAAUAUCAGCCGGCAAGAGGCUGUAUCGAUGAUCCCGCCCUUGGUGUUGGAUAUUCAACCUCAUCAUAAAAUCUUAGAUAUGUGUGCUGCGCCUGGUUCGAAAACGGCACAAAUAAUUGAAUGUCUUCAUCGUGAUGAAUCCAAUCCCAUUCCAAGCGGUUUUGUUAUUGCCAAUGAUGUGGAUAAUAAACGGUGCUAUACACUUGUUCAUCAAGUCAAACGAUUAGAAAGUCCAUGUUUUGCUAUUAUUAAUCAUGAUGCCUCAAAUUUACCAAAUUUGAGAUUCCAAGAUGGCAAUAUAUCCUUCGAUCGUAUCCUAUGUGAUGUUCCAUGUUCCGGUGAUGGUACACUUCGAAAGAACCCCGAUCUAUGGAAAAAAUGGAAUCCCGGUCACGCAUUCAGUUUACAAUCAAUUCAAUUGCGAAUUGCCACACGUGGUAUUCAACUUCUUGCCCCAGGUGGCCUUAUGGUUUAUUCAACAUGUUCGAUGAAUCCUAUUGAAAACGAAUGUGUUGUUGCUCAACUACUGCAGACAUUCGAAGGUCAUAUCUCGUUGGUUGAUAUCGGUGAUAAAUUACCAGGUUUGAAAACCAAAGCUGGUCUAACGAAAUGGUGUGUGAUUGCGAAGAAUCAUGAAGUUUAUCAUUCUUUUGCCGAAGUACCGGCUAACAUGCAGUCAUUAGUUCGACCAUGCAUGUUUCCACCGUCCGACGAUAUCUUAGAACGAUUAAAUCUUGAACGAUGUAUACGUCUUCUUCCGCACCAUCAAAAUACUGGGGCUUUCUUCGUUGCUCUCUUUCGCAAACAUGAUAAAGCUGCUGACACUCCGUCCGCAGCCCAAGAAGAAUCCUCUCAAAAACGACCAGCUGAGGAAAUGACAUUCAACGAAGAAACAGCUAAUUUUAAACGUGCCCGAUAUCAUCGUGAGAAUCCGUUUAUUUUCUUCGAUGAAAAAGAUAUCAGUGGUUUUUGGCAAGAAAUCAGUGAGUUCUUCGGUGUCGAUCCAUCAUUUCCUGCCGAUCAAUUAAUGACAAGAAUCGCUGCUGAUAGUGGUCGAAAUAUUUACUUUGUAUCCGACAGUUUAAAACAAAUUGUUACUUCCAAUAAAGAUCGCAUUAAAUUCAUCAAUAUGGGUGUUCGUCUUUUUGUUCGAACCGAUUUGCGCAACGAUAAAGACAAACGUUCGCUAAGACUCUGUCAAGAAGGAAUUGCGAUUAUUAAUAAAUACUUUUCGAAACGUCGUAUUGAAAUAGAAGAAUCAGAUCUUUUGCUAUUACUAGCACAUACACAUACACAAUUUGCUGCUCUAUCACAAUCCGUACAGAAACAACUCGAAAAUAUAUCCAGUGACUUGGGCAGCGUGAUUUGUUCAUAUCUGGUGAAACUACACGAUCUUGAAGUGCCAGUUGUCUUUGUUUCGUGGCGUGGUCGAAAUUCAUUUCGACCGUUCGUCAGUCAUUCAUCACGAAAGUUCUAUUUCUCACUGUGUAACGUCGAUCAAGCGACGAUUAAUACGAUCAUUGAAAAAUUGACCAUCGACGAGAAAAGCAAUAAUAAUAAUAUUAAAAAGGACGAGGAUGCCUCUUGA